CAGUAGGAGGAGCUCGCGCUUUACAUGCGCCCUCAUUAUGCAUAGCGGAUUUUGUCUGUGCGCGCGCUUCACCCGGCGUUAUAAGAGCAUUCACGCACCACCGGGUGAAACCGCACAGUCAUAGCCGCACGAAUAGCGGGAUAACGAGGACCUUACGAAGGAGAAGACUUGAAAGCCUUUUGCUGGGUUGUGAAAUGCAACAGAUGCCUGAAAAAUGAUGUCUACAGAGAACACGAUUAAAGCCAUCACACUCAUCUUAUCUUUCCUGUUCCGGCAAGUCCAGCCGAAGCCGAUGUUUCCCGAACAGGAGAAGGAUCCUGAAUUCUGGAACUCAUGGGCACAGCAUACUCUAGUGAAGGCUCUGGGAGAGGAGCGCAACACAAAUGUUGCCAAGAAUCUUAUUCUCUUCCUGGGAGAUGGUAUGGGUGUACCUACAGUAACAGCGGCGAGGAUCUUAAAGGGACAGCUAAGCGGCCACUAUGGAGAGGAGAGUCAGCUGGAGAUGGACAAAUUCCCAUAUGUGGCCCUCUCUAAGACCUACAACACAAAUGCUCAGGUGGCAGACAGUGCUGGCACGGCCACGGCAUACCUGUGUGGAGUGAAGGCCAACGAGGGCACAGUGGGCGUGAGUGCAGCGGCUGUGAGGGGCCAGUGUAACACCACGCAGGGUAACGAAGUCACCUCCAUCCUUAAAUGGGCCAAAGAUGCAGGAAAAUCUGUGGGCAUCGUAACGACAACACGAGUGACCCAUGCCACCCCGAGUGCAGCAUAUGCCCACUGUGUGGACCGCGACUGGUAUUCAGAUGGAGAUAUGCCUGCUAAGGCAGUGCAGGAGGGCUGUAAGGACAUCGCCCGUCAGCUCAUUGAGAACAUUCCAAAUAUUAAUGUAAUCAUGGGUGGUGGACGAAAGUACAUGCUUCCUAAAAACACGUCGGAUGUGGAAUACCCCGGUGAAAAGAAGCACAGUGGGACACGCAAAGAUGGCCGGAAUCUGAUCCAGGAAUGGAUUGACAGAACAAAGAACAAGAGGGGUCACUAUGUUUGGAACAAAAGGGAUCUCCUUUCAAUAAAUCCCUCUUCUGCUGAUUAUCUACUAGGGCUGUUUGAGCCAGCAGACAUGCCAUAUGAACUGGAGAGGGACAGCAACACUGAUCCUUCCCUCACCGAGAUGGUGGAUGUGGCUAUAAAGAUCCUCAGAAAAAACCCUAAGGGCUUCUAUUUGCUAGUAGAAGGCGGGCGCAUUGAUCAUGGACACCAUGAGGGCAAAGCAAAGCAAGCCUUGCACGAGGCCGUAGAAAUGGACCGUGCCAUUGGUCACGUUGAUCUUCUCACCAGCAUCCACGACACCCUGACUGUCAUUACCGCUGAUCACUCUCAUGUAUUCAACUUCGGAGGCUACACAGCACGAGGAAACUCAAUCUUUGGACUUGCACCUAUGCUGAGUGAUGUUGACCAGAAGCCCUUCACUUCCAUUUUGUAUGGCAAUGGCCCUGGGUUCAAGCUCAUCAAUGGUUCCAGGGUCAACGUCUCAACUGUGGAUUAUAAGGAAAACAACUAUCAAGCCCAGGCAGCCGUCCCGUUAAGCAUGGAAACUCAUGGAGGUGAAGAUGUUGCUAUUUUCUCCAAAGGACCCAUGGCACACUUGCUUCAUGGAGUUCAAGAGCAGAACUACAUCCCCCAUGUCAUGGCAUAUGCAGCCUGCAUCGGCCAGAACAAAGGCCACUGCCCUUCUGGCAACAGCUCCGCUCCUUCAGCCACAACAGUCCCUCUCACUCUAGCUCUACUAAUUGUAGUCUCUUGGUUAUUGUGCUGAAAUUUCUUCUUUUGCCAACUUACUCACAGAUGUACUUAUAUACCUUUAUCUAGCUCCAACUGAUGGAUUUUAUAUAAUGUUUUUUUUUAACUGUCAAUUUUUAAAUGAUCUUUGUACAACAUUUUACACUUUGGGAUGACUGCUCACACAUUUUGAAGAGAAUAAAAACAAAUAGCAAACUGAAGGCCCUAAAGAAGAAUCAAGACUGAUAACAUGAAAAUAGAAAGAUGCCCCCCCCCCCCCCUUUACUUCACCUGUAGUACAUAACAACCUCAGAAAACUUGUCUUAAUGCACUGUCAAACCGAAGGAAAAAAUCAACUUUUUUUAAAUGUAUUUUUUAAAUGUUACUCACAAUUUCUUACUAUUUACUGGAUAACAUCUUAAUUCUGAUGCUGUAGCUGGUAUUUUCAAGCUGUAGAGCUGUAGAUACUUAUCAAUUCUAUAUGAAUGUUAAUUAUAAAGCUUAAUUAUUUGUUAUUAGUAGUGUUUAACAAAAAUCUACCAAGACUAUGACUGAGCUCUGCACAGAUUUUGUAAUCUGUAACUGUACAGUUACAGUCCUCAGUAUUCCCAGACGUUCCCAGGACACCACUCUAAAUCAAAUCUCCCAAAAAUAAUAAUGGUCCCUUUUUAUAAAGUGAGUAAUGUUUUUUUUUUUUCCCCCCUUUGUAAUUUCCUUUGGAUGGUUCUUCGUGAGAAGAAUGAAACAUUGAAGACAAGGUUCUUCGAUUAGAUAUCUCUCUUGUUUCCUUUUUAUCGACGCCUGUAACUUUCUCAUACAGCCUAAACAUUGCCUUUGGCGAGUCUCUUUUCCCAGUAAAUUGAACUGAGCCGUGUAUAUGUUUCUUAAGCACUGGUAUGUCGAUAGAGGGAAUUCUAAAAAUGUGUUAUUGAUUACAACAAUAGUUAUAAUCGAGCAAUCCAUGCAUAUUUGUCACAGACAUGAAGAUACUGGCUUGUUUGUGAAGUGAUGUUCAAUUGUUGAAAUAAAUGAAGGCAGAAUGGGCCAAAAGUUUCAGUAUAUUUGUCUUGUUUUACUUUCACUCACUAUCUAUAUUAAGACUAAACAGAGACAAGGACAGUGAGUACGUAGUUCUGCUUUGUUGUGCUUGGUAUAGGUUCAGUGUCACUUGUGUAGUAUGCAUAACAUUCAGGAUAGAAGAACUUAAUGAAAAAAAUAACACUAGUUUUGGGCAUUGAAUUAGAAGGAGAAGUCAUAAAAUGAUAGUCAUCAACAUGGAAAAGUGGUAGUGAUUCUAAAUGCCUAAACGACAAAAGAUCCACCGUGAAACGCCCCGACACCUGCUCCUUAGUUAGAAUGAAGUCACAUGGACUGGAUUAAACAUUUUUUUUCUGAUGAUAGUGUAGUGAAACAUCAGCGUUGUGCUGAUCCCAUCCCUUUGUAUUAUUAAUGAGCAUAGGUUGAGCUAAUGUUUUAUUUUCCUGUUUAGCGCUUUCACUGAUGCAGAAAGGUUGUUGAUGUAGUCCGCUGGUGGUGGCUUUUACUAGCUGGGCAUAUUGUUCAGCCUUUGGGCUUAUUAGUAACUAAUUUUGUGAGUCAUUAAAGGACCAUUUCAUUUUCUUUAUUUUCUUUGGGUUCAUUUUUGUAUUGUUAUUUUGAAUUGUGAACUUUUGGUGUGUGUGUGUGUGUGUGUUAUGGGGUUAUGACUGACUCUUUUCCUUCGUUUAAGAGUUGAGACCCAGGGCAGAUGGCUAGCUCCCCUUCUUCUCUCUGUUGUGGUGGUGGUGUUUCUGGCAUGACAUGGCGUGCAUGCAUGCUUGUGUGGCGUGUGAGCUGGAUUGGUACACAUGGUGCUAUACGAUUUUUCCUAAGGGAGGAUUUUGAAUCUUCUUGUAUCUGCCACUGGUAUGGCUCAACCCUGUAGUUUCUUCAUGUGCCUUAUUCAUAUGCUCAAACCUGUGGGAAUUCUGGAGUGGGACCACUUAGUUAUGUUAAGCAAAUUUGAAUGAAUUGUUUUUCAUACAGAAGUGUUAAAUAAAGAUAUUUGCAUGUGUA